GCCGCCGCGAUUCCUGUUCCCUGUGCGUUGAAUUGACCAAUCUGCAGCACCCAGGACUGGUCAUCCACUCUUUGAUAUCGACACGGAACUGCCAUCUGGGAGGCUAUCCCAGAGUCUCGCAGCGAUGCUGGCCGCUCAUCACGACCAGGAAAACAUCUACACCCAACAGGCCACCGCCUCGAAGCAGCAAUUGCAAGCCAAGACCCCCGGAGUUCGCUACCCGAAGACCCCCCUCAAGGUUCCGCUUAACGACGAGAACAAGAAUCACGGGUUUCAGGGCAAAGGUGUUUUACAGGGUAAAGGGCACAAUGAGAACACUCUCACAGUUGGUAAGGGAGCCGACACCCUCGGCAAGUCUGGCAAGAUUGGGAUGGUGACGCCGGCCGCUCCAAGAACUGGCCGUGCGCCUCUCGGAAACAAGACCACCAACGCGAAGGCCAGGGCAACACACCAGACUCCCGGGACCAAAGCCGUCGCCCGCGACCUGGAAAAAAACGCCUCCAAGCCAAUUGCCAUUGUCAAGCCGAACCCCUCUGCACCCCAGGCCGAAUCUUCGAAGCUUGCGGUCCAUACCGACAAGGAUCCACUUAAGGAGGAGGAUAUUGAAUACGCCCCACCCAAGCCGAAGGAUCUCCCUUACGAAUCCGACGUAUUUCCCGACGGUGUCUUGACCUUUGAGGGGUUGAAGCCCGAGAACUUGUUCAAGGGCUACUACCAGUAUUACUUCAACCGCGUGGACGACGAAGGCAAGACAGCGGUGGAGCGGGACAUGGAAGAGCGGCAGAAGCGAAGCUUUGAGCGUGGUGAAGAGCAGAUCCGGAGGGACAUGGACGAGUUUAUAUGGAAUGUCGGCGACAUUCCCGAAGGCAAGAAUCUGUUGAAACAAAACGUCGGGGUGCCAUCUGGCGCCACAGCGACAUUCGGCAAUAAGGUGACGCGUUUGGCGCCCAAACAGCCGUCGACGCUCGCAUCCAGGAAAGCAGCAGCCGCUCUGGCAAUGCCCGCUACCUCAUCCGCCGUUUCGCAAGCGAGGUCGACCAGGACAGCCGCUCCUUCUGCCGCCAAGGCACCGACAAAAGGAUUUCUGCUGCCAAAGCGGAAGCCCUUGCAACCGGUCUCCCAGCCCACCACCAUUCCGGUCCGGGAACGGGCGCCUGCCGUCGCAGCUUCGCGCAGCACUCUAGGGUACAACAAAGGCCGGUCGGUAUCCUCUGCUGUCAACGGAACCAGCAGCGCCGCGACCGCCCGCCAGCUCCAGGGCCAGGCAGGUGGCAAGCCUCGCACAUUGGUGCGAUCUGCCAGCACAGCAUCCUCCAGCUCUGAUACCACCAUCACACCCGCCCGUUUCGCCCAGUCAUCAGAGACGAAGAAGCCGGAUUUCCUGUCCAUCUUCGACGGGGAGGACGAGGAGGAUACCUUGGGCGGAGGAAUGCCGCCCAUGGAUGAUGACAAUGAUGAUUUCCAGCUGACAGUCAAGUUUGAGUGAAAUGGGGGUUGGGACAGGAUUAUCACUAUGCGGGAAAGUCCGCAGGCGUUGGGUUCAGGGCGUUAUCGAAGUUGUAGACAUAUUCUUCUCCUAUUCUUGGUCGGAAAUGGUUUCACACUCAUGGGAGGCAGUCGUCCCUUUACGUCUUUCUUUUUCGUUAGCAGCAAUUCACUAGGAGCCGCAAGCCGUUGUUCGAACUGUCAGCGAGCAGCGACUGGAUAGGCGCGGUGGCAGCGAUAGCGGGAGAAGCAGAAACCAAAGGCAUUGCUUCGUUAUUGAUUGUGUUAUUAAGGAUGAGUUACACAUCGGUUAGGUGCGAUAUCGAGAUUGGACAACCAAGCAGUUUGUGUCGGCUGUGGCGUG